CAAAUUCCGCCUGGCUGUUCGAGAGGUUGGUGCUUGCGGGCUCGAGUCGAAGGGCUUUCUUUUAAAGGGAAUAUCAAGGUUGUUUCGGUUCAAGGAAGAAAAAGCAGGACGUGUGGCUGGCAGCAGCAGCUUGUCCGAUGGUGCCUGUGGCGUGUAACGUGAAAGCAGCCCUGCUGUCCUUUGCCCCCUUUCAUGUGCCCUCCCUGUGUGCCCUCAGCUGCUAGCGUCCCCGGCUGCACACGCGCAUCUUGUUCUCGCUCUGCCCCCCCAAGGCCUCCAUACCCCCAUGCUUUGGAUGCAAAGCCUUCACCGGCUGCCCAAUGACUGCCUGGAUUGUCCUGCCCGUCAGCCUCUCGGCCUUCUCCAUCACGGGAAUAUGGAUAGUCUAUGCAAUGGCAGUGAUGAACCACCAUGUCUGUCCUGUAGAGAACUGGUCCUACAACUUGACGUGCGUGGAAGAGACUGCCAAGCCAGGAUUUCCCAAAACCUGCUGCACUCUGCAGGAUAUCCCACUCAUCAGUAAGUGUGGCUCAUUUCCCCCCGAAAGCUGUCUGUUCAGCCUGAUUGGCAACGUGGGAGCCUUUAUGGUGGUCAUGGUGUGCCUACUACGGUAUGCCCAGGUCAUCGAGCACAGCCACCGCUGCUGGAUCAACACCAGCGCCCUGGUUUCUGGCUUCACUAAUGCUCUGGGCCUGGUCAUGGUGGGAAACUUCCAGGUGGACCACGCCAAGUCCCUGCACUACGUGGGUGCGGGGGUGGCCUUCCCCGCUGGUCUGCUUUUCGUGUGCCUGCAGUGUGUGCUAACAUACCGCAUCGCCGUCACCGCGCUCGACUACUGGAUGGCGCACGUCCGCGUGGCGCUGGCAUUUGGUGCCCUUGUCUCCUUGGUGCUCAGUGGUAUCUUCUUUAUCCACGAGAGCUUCGUCCUCCAGCAUGCCGCUGCCAUAUGCGAGUGGGUCUUCACGGUGGACAUCCUCGUGUUCUACGGCACCUUCACCUACGAAUUUGGUGCCGUCAACAACGAGACCUUGAUGGCCGCCUUGCAGCACAGCCACCACAGGGGCUCAGGGGUGAUGAUGGGGGCCAGGGGCCGGCCCGGGACGCUUGGGGCCGGCGGGUGUGGGAGCAGCGGUGCCAAAAGUCUGAAGUCACCAGGGGGCAGCAGCACAUCAACUCACCUCAACUGCAACCCAGAGAGCAUCGCCAUGCUGUAGCCUGGUAUUCCUGGUAAUCCCGUCACAUGUCUUUACCGUAAUUCUUUUACUCACGGAGUGAUAUGAUCUGUCUCUUUGAUUGGGUGUUCCCUGACUGAAAGGCAAACACGUAAAUGAAGGCUGUGUCUAAUAUGUCACUGGAUUUCUGAAAUUAAUUACAGCUGAGUUACGCAGGUACAAGGUGCCAGACUAUUAAAAAAAAAAUGUUGAGGGAAAAAAAAUAGACCUCAUGAUGGUCCGAACAUUUAAAUUUUUUAUAAUGGAUUUUAUUAUUGUUAUUUUUAAUGUUUUUCAAAGUUAAGCUAUCCACAAGGCUCUCUGUUGCAUAGUAUUUGUUGCGGCUGAGGUCCGUCUCGCAACUUUGUAUUAAAAGUAAGGCAUAUGAAAUAAUUGCAUAUGAUAUAAUUUUGCGUCAAUAUGGGCCCCAACCCUUCCCUUAACCUUGUGCGGGGAAGAAAAUCGCACACAUUUGCCAAACCGGACCUGAACCCUGCCUUUGAAGUCAAAGAGAGUAAUGUGUGAUACAUUAGAGAGUAAUGUGUGAUAUUACUUGGAAGACUGGUUUGUAUAUUGACACCAUUUAUUCUGUUUAUAAAGAGGGUUUAUAAGGAAAGCUUAUAUCGCAUAUAAUAUAAAGUGUUAAACUAAGUGUUCGUUUCAGAGUUUAGUUUCCGUACACAGUUUGGAAUGAUGCGGAGUGUUUCGCUGUUUUAGGCUUUUGAUUCCGUGUGGCUUCCUCACACCUUGGGUAAAUUGGUAUGGGUAUGGGGUCCAUGCGACAUAAUCAUGAUUUAUGUGCCAAGUUACUGUUUCCAAGAUUCGUAGCUGGCUGUAUGUUUUGGGUCUGCUGUAGUGCAAUUUAGGGUAUCGGUUUUCACCCUCAACAACAAAACGGCUUGAUAAGUAAGUAUUUUUGAGGGUUGCUGUGUUUUUGAACUGUACGGUGGGGGGGGGGGAUAAAAUGGCUACACCAGGACCUGCCCCAGACACAGCCACUUACGGGGGCCAGCGGUCGCAUCUUCUGUCGGUGUCUGACGUUAAGAAUUAUGCCUAAUGUUUAUCAUUAUUAUUAUUAUUAUUAUUAUUAUUAUUAUUAUUUACUUCUGUGGAAAAGUUGCAUAUUCAGAAAGUGUUAAUGCGCACAUUUAUUCUUGUUCUGAGUGGGUGCUGAGUCUAAUUAAUAUUUUUUGCCCAGACUUGGCUGCUCUUUUCGAUUUGCUGUGUUGCCUUUUUCACCUCUGUGUUUGGCGCAGAAGCCCCUCUGUUCACACUGCCCACACCGGUCCUGCGAUAACAUGUCAGAGCUGAUAAUUAGUGCCGGAAACUGCAUAAAAGAGGCAGUCGGAGUGUAACGUUUCAUUUAGGGCAAUUCAUUUCCAGUGUCGGUAGAGCUUUCAGACCUAAUGGCGUUUGAAGGCUCUGUUGGUGGGUGAGGCUGAGGAUUUAUCUGACUGCUUAACGGAGGCUUAAACACAUAUUAAGUGUAACUGUACCAGAUAAUGCAGCAAUAUUUAACCCCUGUUCCUUCUCAAGUCUGAUGUUCUGCAUUGAUUAUGGUCACAGCGUUUUUGGGCUCCAGGCUGGUUCCUUGGAAAAGUAAUGUGGCCACGUUAUUUUAUGUAUUCUUUCACUGUUUAGAGACCUCGCCACUGUGACUAGCGGUAUGAUGAGCGCGUUGUAGGUGAGAUCGCUGAAUAAGCGAUGUGGACCUUUGUUGCUAUUGCGCCACCUAGAGGUCCCUAUAUGCCAGUGUAAGUGACAGCUAGUUGCUGGAUUGGGGAAUUGCGUCCAGUUGGUUGAGUGUCAAACGGGGAUUUGUUCAAUUAUCUUUAUGUUACUAACGGUUUUAGAAUCAACUUGUUGCUAUGGUGUUUCUUUAUUCCAGGCAUCAUAACAUCGUUUUUUGGCAAAUAUUGAGCGCCAACAAAGAAGCCUUUUUGAUGUCUGGAAUAUGGCCUACCUCUCAUUGUUUGAGGCCGUCUCUGAGCAAUUGAAAGGGAAACUGUUUACGUUAGUGUGCAGUUGUGGGUCAGACAAUUUUAAUACGUGCAGGGACACAUUUGCAUGUUUUUUUUUUUUUUUUGUAGGAACCCCACCCUCACACAUGCAAACAACUGAAAUGUUUGUAUGUCUACAUAUGUCAGCUAAGAUUUUGUUUGCUGUUCACUAUUACCUGUGGUUAACUAGAGGUUUUUGUUUCUUUAAGAAUACAGAAUACAAUAUUUAAAUAGAGAAUAUUUUGUUUAACAGAUUUUAGUACACUGAUCAGUUUUUUUUAUGUCGUCCUCCUCUUGAUCUUGAUUUUGCUUUUUCAAAUGUAAUGUUUUGAUAUAUUAUUUUUCUGCAGCAGUGCAGUAUCUUUUAUGCCUGUGGGAGAAAUGCAUCAUGCUUGAAAGAACUUUAUUUCCGCAUUUGCCAUCGGUGACAUUCCUCCAUGCCGUCAUGUCGCUGGAUCUGCCGCAUGGCCACAUUUCAGGCAAAAUCCUCAAGAUUUUCUGUUCAGGUUGUAUGUGAGUAGCUCGUUUUUGUCGUUCCUCUGUUCUGUGGAGAUCCAGAGCCUUUGCACCUCAGAAGGCCAUGCCGUGUUGCUGGGAAUCCUGUGUGCCCCAUGUGAGGGACAUCCACACCCAGUGCUUUUUAUUUAUCAUCUUUGUAAAGCUGCAGGGGUCCUCUCAGCGUCAGCUGACCCGUCACUCCGUAACCUGUGUGACCUCCUUAUGUGCCGACCAUCGGGACACGUUUUACAGUGUGUGCCAACUACUCGCACUAAUUAGUUUUACUACUAUUAUUGUUGUUAUUUUUGUCACAACCAUUGUGAUACGGCAGUUCUUUUAAAAUAUUUUUUUAAGCAUUUUAAAAUCUGUUUUUGCACAUGAUCAUUUGCAGCUCACAGCGAUGACCUGGGGAUUGGGUUUGCAUGUUAGAUGGUGCACUAAUUGUUAGCUUGCUGAAUACAGGUGUGAGCGAGGACACGCCCACUUGUGUGUAGCACAGCAAGCUGACGGGAAUACAAACUAAUGGCAGUGUAAUAUGACUAAUCCGAUUUUGGUGGGUGGAGUUUUUAAUGCUAAUUCUGUCUGUAUUCUUUCUACUUUUAAGUGGGAUUUAAAAUUAAGUUAUUGGUGGUUUUAUUUUUUACUUUUCUUUCAUCUUGGUGUAAUUUUUUUGAAGUUCUGUCAUGAACACCAAACGUCAAAGCGUUACAUUAUAUUUUUCUUUCCUUUUGUAAUCACUUAUAAAUGUGAUUUAGUAUUUUUUUCUGUUGCCAGAUUUCUAUUUCACAAUUCAAAUAAACAGCAUAAAGAGUAA